AUGUUAAUACCCAGAAACGCGGUACCACCUAGACUAUAUGGACUACCAAAAAUCCAUAAAAACAACAUACCCCUCAGACCCAUAGUAAGCGCUAUAAACUCACCUACAUACAAUCUAGCUCGCUUUCUGGUCAGCAAACUAGAACCUCUCACCGGUAAAAGUGACAUUACGAUAAAAACCUCAUCUGACUUUAUUUCUAAAAUCAAAAAUAGUAUACUUCAACUUAAUGACAUCUUAGUCAGUUUUGAUAUUGUGUCCCUGUUCACGCAGGUACCAAUCCAUGACACCAUUAACAUAAUUAAAUCUUCAGGUCAACUAUCAUCCGACCUUAUAUCAUUGGUAGAACAUUGCCUGACCACAACCUAUUUCACCUACAAUAACCAAUUCUAUAAACAAAUCACAGGUGCAGCUAUGGGAUCACCGAUAUCUCCAAUUAUAGCAAACAUAUUUAUGAAACACUUCGNAUCCCAGGCCAUCAAAAAAGCNCCACUAAAGCNNCAAACAUGGUACCGGUACGUAGAUGACACCUUUGUCAUUUGGCAACAUGGGGAGAGAGAACUCUAUAACUUUUUAGACUUUCUUAAUAAACAACACCCAAACAUUACCUUCACAUUAGAAACAGAACAACAUGGUAAACUUCCAUUUUUAGAUGUUCUGGUCACAAGAAAACCAGACGGCUCUUUAGGCCGUCAAAUCUAUAAAAAACCCACCCACACCAAUCGAUAUUUACACGCGGCAUCACAUCAUCACUCAGCCCAAAAACAAGCUGUGAUACACUCGUUGAUUUAUAGACCAUUUACUAUAUGCGACAAAGACAGCAUUCAAAACAAACUCAAAAAAGUAAAAGACACUCUACAACAAAAUGGUUACACACUGCAAGAAAUAAACAAA